CCUAAAUGAAUUAUGUUCUCAUAAAUCCCUUUGAUUAUUAAUAGACAAUACAUCAAGCUGGCUCCGAUACCACAGAUAGUGAAAGUGACAAGUAAACACGGCGCUGCGGGGGUGGGGUAAAAUCCAAAUUAUUUUAAGUGCCGGCUGUUAAAACGUUAUUUAUCUCAAUAAAGCGCCACUGCCUGGACAAGAGCUGCCCUUUAUCCAUGGUACCGCUGUGCACAGUGUAAGUCUAUACACACCGCGCAGUAACGCUUUGGUAUGUUAUGCUUUGGUACCGCACAGCUCUGGCAAUGAUAAUGUAAAAUUAUUACUUGUUCAAAAUAUAUAGCGAUAUAGAUCGGGCGUUUUCAGUGUUGGAUGUAGCUCUUGUGAAAGCUCUCCUUUUCAGCCAGCGCUGCCUAUUCGCGCAUGGCUACUCCAUCACUUGAGAGGUCCGUCGGCAGGGUCUCUUCCUCGGAGCAUCCUGCAUCUUUCAGCCGGGCUCUUAUCAGCGCCAAAGCGGAGCAUCUGCGCCUGCAGGCUUUGGUUCUCGGAGCAAUGAAAAGCAGGAACUAGUUUUUUUUUUUAACGGAAUGACUAGGUCAAAAGUAUUUCGAUGGAGUCCUUGAAUGCUGUUGAGCUUUCUCAUUUGGGGGGCGAGGGGAGUGACUCUGCCCAUCAGCUCUCAAAUUCCCAGCAACGAAGACAUCGGUCACCUCAGACGACAUUGGGUCAGGGCAUCGAAAACGCCUCAUUCCAGUCCGAGGAGCAGGAUUCUGGGUUUGCCCAUCAGGGGGUGACCAGCAUCAACCUCCCCUACUUCGCACCCAGUGACAGGGAGCAUCCAUCACACUCGCAGCAUCUACAGCGGGACGUGCCGUCUCCCAAGUCCGACGAAGAGCCAGAGGCGGAAGCUGGCGGCCAGUCGGUGGAUUAUGGCUUCAUUUUCGCCCUGGUCUUCUUGGUGAGUGGCAUUGUCCUGGUGGUGAUAGCCUACACCAUCCCCCGUGAGGCUCGAGUCAAUCCGGAUACUGUGAGCGCGAGGCAGAUGGAAAGACUGGAGAUGUACUACGCUCAGCUGGGUUCCCACCUCGACAAGUGCAUCAUCGCGGGGCUUGGCCUGCUGACGUUGGGCGGGAUGCUCCUCUCGGUGCUUCUCAUGGUGUCCAUUUGCAAAGGCGAGCUGUACCGAAGGAGGACAUUCACCAUGUACCGAGGUCCGAGAAAGACCUACGGAUCUAUAAACCUGCGGAUGAGGCAGCUGGAAGGCGAAGGCAGGGAGACUCUGGUGGAGUGGGAGCCGGUGGCUGGCUUGUCAUCGGCCAUGAACACGUCCACGUCUGCCGUGGUGAGCGCAGAGGCGGUCAGCUAAAACCGACACACUUUCACAUCACCAGCAGCACGACUUUCCUUUUUUGCCUGACACUGGAGUCCAAGGUUUGUUCUGACCGGCGUUCGCGGGCUCAGGGGCCUGACAAAGGUGGCCGCGGCCUGGAAAUGGACUUUUCCAGAAGGACUUCUCAACACGGGCACCCCACAGCAGCCCCAUUCCAGCAGUCACAAAGACGCACACGACCCACAUGUGUACAAGCUUUCGCCGUACAUAUCAGGCCAUAAUUAAUGGCCUAUGACCAUUUAUAAAGCACAACGAAUACAGUUGCAGAAGUUGUGGUGUACUUCAAGGAAAAGUUGCUACAGUACUGGUUCUUUAUGAAGAACAAAAAAGAACAUAAAUAUCGUUAUGUCACAUAAUGUAUACAGUAAAGUAUGAAAAGAUAUUAAAGAGUUUAAAGCUUAACUAUCAUAUAAAGCUGCAAUAUGCCUUAAAUGACAAAAAAAACCACUUUGGCCAAAUGUGAGGAGUAGAUCAUGUAUUUAACACUUUAAGGUCUAACAAAAGCUGUACUUCUGCAUUCGCUUUUACUAUUGCCAAGGAUGACUUGGACUUAAAUGUAGCAACACAAUGGAUUCACUUUAAAAGCUGCAGGUGACAAUAGGUCAACAUGCUAAAACCUUUGGAGCUGCUCAUACGUUUAAUCAGGGUGACCUUUGCCCAGAUUUCCUCGGAUAUACAAAACAAUAAGAGAUGUUUGUUUACCGUUAUAAUAUUAGAGCAAAGGACAAAUCGACGUCUGUCAGGAAUGUUCAGUGCAUCUGAGAUAGGCACAGUGAAAGAUGAAUGUUUAUAUCUUAAUCAGGAAUGUUUUUAAUUACUGCUAAUCCUGAACCUUCUAUGUAAGGAUCUGCAGUACAAUACACAGAAUAUUCUAAAGGAUUCUGAAUUACGCAGAAUGUAAGUUACAGGUAGCAAAUCGCUUAAAUACACUUUUUUUCUGUAAUAAAAAGUAGCACAAAGUCAGUUAAGCAAUGACAAAAAUAUAAUUUUCCCUUUGGGCAAUAUAAUCCCUCAUCCAACUUAAUUACACUUAACUCAUCGUGUGAAAGAGACCCAGAAUUUUGCUACCUGAGACUGAUGAAAGGUCUGCUUGUUUGUUUACCUAAGCACAUUAGCUAAAGCAGUGUGAGGAGUCAUUGUUAGUGAGAGGCGAUCUGUAAAGGCACGUGGAGCGAGGAGUUAAGCACAGCAGAUUCGUGACGCGGAGCAGUUCGCACCUGUAUCUUGGGUGUUUGCGUUCUCGAUAUUUUAUCGGUGGUCAAACUGCGUGAGGGACGUGUGUGGAGAAGCAUCCUGCUUUGAUAAACGUUUAGUGAAACCUGUGGUGUAUUUUGUUGCCUGAUUUUGCUUCUUGGAGAAUACUGUAGAUAUCAUAAAGACAAUGUUUUAAGUGAUUUCACGCAUUUCACUAUGUCUGCUUACCAUUUCUGAAAUAUUUAUCAUUCUAUCUCUUAUAUAUUUAAUAUUUUAAUAGGUUGUGACAGAAGACAAAACGCUGACUUAAAAUUGUCAUUGACAGUAAGAAACAGACUAUUUUAUGUCAUGAUAAACUAUCCCCAGCUAUUUAUUGUGUCUGAUUAGCGUUUAGAAGUGGUUUGUGUGUUUGUUGUUCCAUCUGACUCCAGACCAUAUAACCAAGACUUUACGACAAAAAAAGUGUCGAAAAAGAGCAAACAAUGUGAAAUAUUUGCCUUUUACAGUGAACAUAGUAUGAAUAUAAUUAACUGCUAUUUCAGGUCAUUGUCAAUAGAUUGAAAUGUACAGGCCUACAAAGGUCUUUCAAAACCUUUCUCUUGAUCAAUAACAAAGUGUAACCUCGUCUUUGCCGAUAAAAUAUUUUCAUACGUGAUUUCCUAUAAAAAACCGGAGUACUUCGCAUUACAUGAAAAAUGGCGAUUAAAGGCAAAACGAACAAUAUUGAUCUGUUGAGACUCUGCUAGAUGUAUUUGUGCCCUUAAGUACAAAAAUGAGGAAUUAUUAACUGUAGCCACUGAAAAUAUUCAAAAGGUUUGACUGAUGGGUAUUUGAUACCGAUGUAUAAAGAGCCUUGCUUUAUUUUUUCCUCAGCUCAUUCGCAUGUGCAUACCAUAAUAGUAACAUCAUUACAAGCAGAAAGGUUACCACGGGAACUAGCUUGCUAACAUAUGUUUGGUAUAGUUGUUGCUGUUUGUUUUUAUCUAGCUUUGAGCUAAAUCAAAAUGACCACCAUGAGAUCGACUGGAAAUUGCACAUAAAACCAUUCUGUCAUCAACCUCUAAAUGUCUGAGAGACCCUGACUCUAUAAAACAGUCUUUCUAUAACCGACGCUUAUAACUGUUUUAUUAGAAACAUAACUAUACUAAUUUGUAUGGCAAGUAUUAAUGCAAAUGUAGCCAGGAGAAAAAAAACUGCACAGAUUAUGUAUGGAGAAUCAGUGCAGUGCCUCAAAGUCUGAUGAAUAGGGACUGUUACUCCCCCCCCCCCCC